AUUCUAUGAAAAAAAAAAGAAUGCCAGGUACUUGUCCGCUUUCAAAUUGCGAAGGGGCUCUGUUGGAAGUAGUACUGCACUUUGGGCUACUGGAAAAGGUGCGAGAGAUUACUUUUAAGUCGAUUGCGACGCGCGCACCAAGAUGGCGGAGAUCAUGCAGAAGCCGCUGUGGGACUACUGGUCCAACCGUUGGGAGACCGGAAACACUCCGUGGAACAGGCCAGACAUCCAUCCAUUAUUGACAGCGCACGAGAAUGAAGUCUUGGCCAACAAACGAGACGCCCAGGUGUUUAUUCCGCUUUGCGGCAAGGCCAAGGAAGUCAAGUGGUUCUACGACCGCGGGCAUCGUGUUGCGGGACUCGAGUACGUGGAAAAAACGGCGCGCCAGUUCUUCGAGGAAAACAAGCUCGCCUACGAAGAGACCACGUGCCCUGUGAUCAAUUGCAAAAUUCUCCAGACGGUUGACAAGCGGUUGCGGAUCUUCAUCUGCAGCGUGUUCGACUUGAAAAAGGAAUCUGUGGGGCCGGUAGACAUCAUCUGGGAUCGAGGCGCUCUUGUAGCGGUUAACAAGGAAGAUAGAUCGAGGUACAUCAGCGUCCUGCGGCCCCUGAUGUCACCAGACUGCACAUAUGUACUCAUUUCUGUUGUUCACGACGAUGAAAGCUACACAGGUUUUCCGACAAGCAUUCCGGAUGACACUGUCCGGGAACUAUUUGGAAAAGAAAUGAAGAUAACAAAGAUGGCCGAAAACAGACGGAAACAGGACCACUUCUACAUCAAGGCUCCAAUUUCGGAGGUCCUUUGGUGCAUCACCUUCUAAGUGCAAAGCAGAGAAGAGCAGCAAGCACUUUGUAUCCCAGACAUUGCCUGGGUAUCCCUCCAGUUCCUUCGCUUUCGUGCUUUCAACCGACACAUCUAGAUAGCAAAGCCGCAGUGUUGAAUGAGACGGCCUCGUCAGAGAAGGCCAACGCUGGACACAGAUUGCUGUCCAGGGACAACCCUUCACAUUGCUGUAAAGGGUUGUCCUCAGGUGUUUGAAAGACUCGUGAGUAAAUCCUGGCCAAGCACUUGCCACCUUCAGCCAAGAGCGAAGCGUCUUGAUGGCCGGCUAGGGAAACAUUCCUUCUACGAAAGCCCUGGGGGAAUUAAAGUAGAGGGUCGUUGCGAAUUUGCGCAUCUUCUGGCUGUAGCACCUUCCGGGAGCUGCAUGCUCUAUACGUUGAUUAGAGUUCCAUGUGCUGAGAAGCUCCUCCGUAAGUUCUCCGAACGAUUCCAGGUCUUUCUCUGCACUUUCAGUCAGGAUUUGUUUGCUCUUCAUGUCACAAAUUAAAUUCUGUAGCUUUAAAA